AUCAUAAAUUAAAGUAACAACGUACAGAGUAACUAUUUUCCCUCUCAUUGUUUCUCUUCACUUUAUCUUCUUAAAUCUUAACCAACAAAAUACUUCGGAUUACUGCACUUUUUUUUUUUUUUUGAAACAAGGAUUACUGCACUUGUUUUCCCUGGAUCACACCAUAUUUGGAGUUCCUUUGUUGUUGACUCCAAGUCCAGGAAUCAAUCAUGGAAGCUGCAAAGAAACAUGCGGAGAAGAGACGACAGGGCCAGGGGUUGUUAGAUGCAGUGUUUUCUUGGUCUUUAAGGGACGUAAUGGAUGAGAAUCUUUACAGAGACAAGGUGAGAGAAAUCCCGAACACGUUUUCGUCUACGACUCAGUACCGCAACUCGUUCGUGUAUCCAUUGCUGGAAGAAACCAGAGCUGAUCUCUGCUCCAACAUGAAGAGCUCACUCAGGAAUGCCCCUUUCUGUGAGGUCUAUGAUGUGAAGGUCUCAAAGGACUUCAAGCUUCCCAAAGACUUAUUUUACACGAUUCGAGCUAAGAAGAAGAAGAGUUUCAGUGGGGAGGGUGUAGAGCCCUACAAGCCAGAGGUGGGUGACCUUAUUGCACUCUCGGAUGUGAGGCCGAGGCGCAUUGAGGACCUCAACAGGCCCAAGAUGUCCUAUCACUUGGCUGUUGUUCAAGGCCGGAAAGGCGAUGGCUCCUCUUCUUUCCCAGUCUUGUCAUCCAAGCCCAUUGCUUUCCGGAAAGGGAUCAACAGAGAUGAGGUCUUUGUUGUUUAUCUUACAAGUUUGACCACAAAUCUUCGGAUUUGGAAGUCUCUUCACAUGGACCAAGAAACUGCCAACUUGGACAUCAUCAAAACCGUCCUGCAAGUUGAUCCAAAUGAUGAAGGAAAAUGUGCUCUUUGCACCCAAGAAGGAGGAAGCAGCAGCCUGUUGGACACUUGCAUGGAAACCAUACAAUCAUAUGGAUUGGACAAUUCUCAGAAAGAAGCUAUUCUGAGUUGUGUGAAGGCGAGACUGUGCGACCACAGGAACACGGUGAAGCUAAUCUGGGGCCCACCAGGAACAGGGAAGACAAAGACUGUUGCAUCCUUGUUGUCUGUGCUCUUUGAUAUGAAAUGCAGAACAUUGACUUGUGCCCCAACAAAUGUUGCGGUCAUAGGAGUCGCCAAGCGGCUUCUGGGGCUUGUAAAGAACAGUCUCCAGUAUGACAGCUAUGGUUUGGGAGACAUUCUUGUGUUUGGUAAUGGGGAAAGGAUGAAGGUGGAUGAUGAUGACAAUCUUGGCGACGUGUUCUUGGGUUACCGGGUUAAUGCUCUCAGGAGGUGCUUGUCGCCAUUGGUUGGGUGGCAAAUGAGUUUGAAUUGGAUGAUCAGUUUGCUGGAAGAACCCGAAGUGGAAUAUCGUAAGUACAAACAGCAAAAGAUGAAUGGUAAGGGUGAUGAGAGUGACACUAAAGAGGAUCUGGAAACAGAAAGCUCAAAUGAUGAUGAUGAUGGAUCCAGUGAUGAAGAUGAUGAGGAGGAGGAUGAAGAUUUCAUGGCAAAUGAAGUGAUGAGAAAGGGGAAAGGAAAUAAGAAUUUCAGCAAGCUCCUUAUUCUUCAAACCUUAAGGGAACUCACAAAAAAGGCUAAAGAAGAGUCAUCUAAAAAGAAAGUGGAAGUGGAAGAAGUAAUAAUUUGGACAUUUGAAGAAUUCCUCCUAAACAAGUAUAAAUCUUUAAAGGGGCAAUUGGACUUUUGCAUGAAAGCAUUGUACACUCAUUUGCCUACAUCUUACGUCCCGUUGAACGUGGCGAAGAAGAUGAUUAGAGCCCUUGGUGUACUACAAACUCUUGAUGCAUUGCUGGAAAGCGCGGUCAAGACUUCUGAAGACGGUCUUAGAGAUUGCUUCAAUGGAAAUGACAUUACCAGCAGCAGGUGGAGGAAGCAAUUUGAAGUGUUGCAGACAACAAAAUCAGAAUGUGUUUCAUUUCUGAAACUUCUCCAAGGAUCCAUUGCUCUCCCAAACUUCUUCGAAGAAUAUCAAAUCCGGAGCUUCUGUCUGAAAAAUGCAGUGCUCAUUUUCUCCACUGUCUCAAGUUCUUCGGAACUGCACACCGAAGGGUCAGUGCCAAUAGAGCUGCUGGUGAUCGACGAAGCAGCGCAACUGAAAGAAUGUGAAUCAACUAUCCCAUUGCAGCUUUUGGGGCUUCGCCAUGCAAUGCUCAUAGGAGAUGAGAAGCAGCUUCCUGCCAUGGUUCAAAGCAAGAUUUGUGACAAGGCAGAGUUCGGCAGAAGCUUGUUUGAGAGGCUGGUUAAGUUGGGACAUAAGAAGCACCUUCUUAAUGUCCAAUACAGAAUGCACCCAUCAAUAAGUUUGUUCCCAAACAAGCAGUUUUAUGACAAGAGAGUGCAGGAUGGGCCUAAUGUCACAAACGAUGGAUACGAGAGGCGAUUUCUGAAAGGAGAAAUGUUUGGGCCUUUUUCUUUCAUUGACAUAAGUGGAGGAAGAGAGGAGCAAGAUGCCAAACAUAGUAGCAAAAACAUGACAGAAGUAGCUGCUAUUGCUGAGAUUGUGGCUAUGCUCCAUAAAGAGUUCCAAGCUACAAAGCAGAAGGUUCACAUUGGCUGCAUAUCGCCAUACAAGGCCCAAGUUUAUGCCAUACAAGAAAGGCUUGGAAACAAGUACAGCAGGGAUGUUGGCAGCGACUUCUGUGUGAAUGUGAGAUCAGUGGAUGGAUUUCAAGGCGGCGAGGAAGAUGUGAUCAUUAUAUCCACUGUGAGGUCUAAUGGGAAGGGAGCCGUGGGCUUCUUGUCUAACUUCCAACGCACCAACGUGGUUCUGACGCGAGCGAGGUAUUGCCUUUGGGUAUUGGGAAAUAGCUCUACCUUGAUCAAUAGUGGGUCAGUUUGGAGGGACUUAGUGGUAGAUUCGAAGGCCCGGGGUUGUUACUAUGAUGCCUGCAAUGACUUGAACUUGGAGAAAGCCAUUGCAGAUGCAUCAGAUGAUCUUGCAACCAGGUUUUCAUCAAUGAGACUGAGUGAUAGGCUUGGAUCCAGCUCUUCCAGCACUUAUAGGAACAGGAAUUUUUUCAGAAGAACAUAGCUGGGGUUCUGUUGAAGACUGGUUUUGAUACUUUGUAUAUCCCCAAAAAAAGACACUAACAAAGUUAAUUUUCCUUU